ACCCGGUGACCGGCAGCGUUAGGAAGGAGGCUGGUGCAUGUGGGCUCUCCGCUCCGUACUGCUGUUGCGCUCCGCGGCCGGGCGCGCCAUGUCGCAGGGACCCGCCCGCCGCCAGCGGCCGCCCAAGGACCCGCUGCGGCACCUGCGCACGCGGGAGAAGCGCGGCGCGGCGUGGGAGCCCGGGGGACCGAACACCGUGUACCUGCAGGUGGUGGCGGCCGGCGGCCGGGACGUGGGCGCGGCGCUCUACGUGUUUUCCGAGUACAACCGGUACCUCUUCAACUGUGGAGAAGGCGUGCAGAGGCUCAUGCAGGAGCACAAGUUGAAGGUGGCUCGUUUGGAUAAUAUAUUCCUGACCCGGAUGCACUGGUCUAACGUGGGGGGGUUGUGUGGAAUGAUUCUUACCUUAAAGGAAACCGGCCUCCCGAAGUGUGUGCUUUCUGGACCUCCACAACUGGAAAAAUACCUAGAAGCUAUCAAGAUAUUUUCUGGUCCAUUGAAAGGAAUAGACCUGGCUGUGCGGCCCCACUCGGCACCAGAAUAUAAGGAUGAGACCAUGACCGUCUUCCAGGUUCCCAUAUACAGUGAGCAGAAGUGUGGAGGGCGCCAGGCAUCACCGAGCCCAGAGCGACUCAGUCCAGGACGGUCUUUGGAUUCCGGAUCCGCUGAAAACGAGCAGCACCUUCCAGAUGGUAUUGGCCAGAAAAAGAGCGGCAGGGACCCCUCCUUGGUUGUAGCUUUCAUCUGUAAGCUUCACGUGAAGAAGGGAAACUUCCUGGUGCUCAAAGCCAAGGAGCUGGGCCUGCCAGUUGGGACAGCUGCCAUCGCUCCCAUCAUUGCUGCUGUCAAGGAUGGGAAGAGCAUCACUUACGAGGGCAGAGAGAUUCUGCCCGAAGAGAUCUGUACUCCUCCAGAUCCUGGUCUUGCUUUUGUUGUGGUAGAAUGUCCGGAUGAAGGAUUCGUUCAACCCAUCUGUGAGAACGCCACCUUCAAGAGGUACCAAGGCCAUGCCGACGCCCCUGUGGCGCUGGUGGUUCACAUGGCCCCACAGUGUGUGCUUGAGGACCCCAGAUAUCAGCAGUGGAUGGAGAGGUUUGGGCCCGCCACCCAGCACCUGGUCCUGAACGAGAGCUGCCCGUCCGUCCACAAUCUCCGCAGCCACAAGAUCCAGACGCAGCUGAGCCUCAUCCACCCCGCCAUCUUCCCCCCGCUCGCCACCCCCCAGCGCCAGGAGGAACACGCCGCCCUCCCUGUGCCCACAGUCCGGGGCGAAUGUCUCCUCAAGUACCAGCUCCGUCCGCGGAGGGAGUGGCAGAGGGAUGCUGUUGUUGUCUGCAAUCCCAGUGAAUUCAUUGCUGAGGCCCUGGAGCUCCCCAACUUCCAGGAAAGCGUGCAGGAGUACCGCAAGGCCGCACAGGCCAGCCCAGACCCAGCAGAGAAGAGAACCCAGUAUCCAGAAAUCGUCUUCCUUGGGACGGGCUCCGCCAUCCCGAUGAAGAUCCGAAACGUCAGUGCCACACUUGUGAACAUAAGCCCUGACAGGUCGCUGCUCCUGGACUGUGGCGAAGGCACGUUUGGGCAGCUGUGCCGUCACUACGGAGACGAGGUGGACAGGGUCCUGAGCACCCUCACCGCUGUGUUUGUGUCUCACCUGCACGCGGAUCACCACACGGGCUUGCUCAAUAUCCUGCUGCAGAGAGAACGGGCUCUGGCAUCCCUGGGGAAGCCGUGUCCCCCGCUGCUGGUGGUGGCCCCGACCCAGCUCAAGGCCUGGCUCCAGCUGUACCACAACCAGUGCCAGCAGCUGCUGCAGCACGUGAGCCUGAUUCCUGCCAAGUGCCUUCAGAAAGGAGCGGAGGUCUCUAGCCCCGCCGUUGAAAGACUGAUGGGUUCGCUGCUGGAGGCGUGUGAGCUGGCCGAGUUUCAGACCUGCCUGGUGCGGCACUGCAAGCACGCUUUUGGCUGCGCGCUGGUCCACACGUCCGGCUGGAAAGUGGUCUACUCCGGGGACACCAUGCCCUGCGAGGCCUUGGUCCAGAUGGGGAAGGACGCCACCCUCCUGAUACAUGAGGCCACGCUGGAAGACGGCCUGGAGGAGGAGGCCGUGGAAAAGACACACAGCACCACGUCCCAGGCGAUUGGCGUGGGGGUGCGGAUGAACGCGGGGUUCACCAUGCUGAACCACUUCAGCCAGCGCUACGCCAAGGUGCCCCUCUUCAGCCCCGACUUCAGCGAGAAAGUGGGGAUCGCCUUUGACCACAUGCAGGUCUGCUUCGGGGACCUCCCGACAGUGCCCAAGCUGACCGCGCCGCUAAAAGCCCUGUUUGCCGGUGACAUCGAGGAGAUGGAGGAGCGCAGGGAGAAGCGGGAGGUGCGGCUGGCGCGGGCGGCCCUGCUGUCCCAGGAGCAGGUGGCCCGCCCUGAGGACGGGAUGUCCCCACACAAGCGGGCCCUUGCAGAGCAGCCUCAGAGCCCACAGAGCAAGAAAGUCAGGGCACAGUGAGGGCGCGGGAGGGACCCGGGACUCGGGAGGCCGGCAUCCUUCGCGUGGCACGGAAUGGGCUCCUGGCCUGGUGGGAGGCAGAGGGCUCCGCUCAACGGGGAGGCACUGGGGCGCAGGGCGGU